CGAUUGAAGAGAGACGGGUCGGAAAGAAGAAAAGUAUGCCUGGCGAAUAUGCAGAAAACGUAGGUCUCUCGGCUGUUGAAGAAGUCAAGAGAUGCAUGUUAGAAGCUAUGGACCGGUUUCGGAGUGUGGCGGAAAAGCGUUUCACUCCUUGUUGCGAAGUGACAGUAUCGAAAUAAAAAUGGGAAAAUAUAUGCUGAUGACGUAAAUUUCACCGAGUUAAGACUAGAAAUCUGUAGGUUUAAUCGACAAGUACAAUCAGGUGGUUUUACAUUUUAAAAUGACGCUACAGCGCUGGACGUUCUGCAGUGGUUAAGCAAACAUCGUUUAUGUGAAUCAACACCUUAUUUAUUUAUGAGUCUUAGGCUUUACCUCACUGUUGCCUGCGAAAGAAGUUUUUCAAAACUUGAGUUGAUAAAAUCUUACUUGAGAUCGACUAUGGACGAAAGCAGGCUGUCUGCGCUAGCAAUACUGUCCAUUGAAAGUGAUUUAGUCGAGACAUUAUCUUUUGACGAUAUAAUUUCUGAAUUUUCUUCAAUGAAAACUAGACUUCUUGAAUUUGGAACUCUCAAUAAAAUUUAACAAUUUCUGCUUUAAUUUUUUUUUGUGUGGAAUUCUAUUCAGCUUUUACGAUGGUGUUUAGGGGGCGGCAUUUUGUGCCAAGAUCCAGGGGAGCCACAUUGCGUUGUUACGCCACUGCCCCCACUGAUAGUAACAGAAAAAUAUCGAAAAUAUUAACAUAUAGUAUAGUCUAUCACUAUCAGCUAUUACCAUUUUGAUGCAUGGUGUGAAAUAACGUAAAUACGUUUUUCAAAUUCUUCAUAGCAUUGGAUAUCACGAUUUCAUAUGAAAUCAAGAAGAAUGGCAGCACGAGUUACCGCGAUAAGUCACAGCAAUAAAGACGCGAAGACUACGAAAAUAAUUGACAAAUAUUAGCAUUAUCGAAAAAAUUCAAUCUCAGUAUUGACAACAUUAUUAUCUGGAUUCCGACCUCUGAUCCUCCUGCCAACUUAUUUCUACUUCCUGCAUAAUCCUCAUCUGAAUCACUAUUACUCCCAUCGUCAUUAUCGCUCUUGUCACAAUCCCAAAUAGUGAGUACAUCUUCAAGACUGAGUCUCCUUCUACAGCCAACCUGCCUCAAUGCCAUUAUCCGAAAUUGCUUCACGUUACUUAUUGAUGCUCUUAAAACUUGCACGCUCCACAAGCUGAAUAAAUUCUUAAAAUUACGGCCAUAAAAUCCUAAAAGAGACUCCGUAAGUGCAAAACUUUUCAUGAAAAUGAAUAUGUUCAAGUACCCGCAGUGACACCCGUGUCACCACAAAUUUUUAUCAGCGUCAAGAGAAAUUGAGUGUAUGCAUUUACAUUUAAUAAAAAGUACCAAACUAAAAUAAACUGUUUCUGAAUUAAAAUACGGUAAUUUUUAAAAUUAUAUCUUACUUUAAAUUUUCAAAUAAUUGCUCCAAACUUUUUCACCCAAGGGGUACAUGUGACGUUCUUUCAGACAGGUGGUAAAAAGACCACGCCUCCGGAAUCAGUGCGACACCAAGUGUUAAAUACCAGGUGUAAAGCCCUUUGCAUUGUGGGAGUUACUUUCCACAAUCGAGUACACGUGCGUGUGCAGUCUAGGUUUCAGAACACGGUGACACCCGUGUUACCUGGGGUUUUGUAGAGUUAAAGUUCUGAAGCUUUGGAAGAAGUUUUUUCCUUCCGAGAUACUGCAUCAACUUAGCUUAAUAGGGAGCAACUUUAUCCCGUUCGAUCCAGCAUCGAUUAUACCUCCUAAGCAUGAGGGUCUACACGAAACUUAUCGUCAAUUUUCUGACUUCUUCUCGGAUGCAUUUGCGAAGUCUCAGGAAUGCAGAUUUUACGCUCAGCCGUCAUUCCACUACAACCCCAGCGAAUCUCAAGAUAACCGAACUAUAUCUUUAUUCAAAAACAUUUCGCAUCCGGCAAACGGCAAAUGAUUUUAAUCCAGAACUGUUGGCUGAAGUUCAAAAGUACGGGGAAAUUGAAACUGGAAUUAUUGUUGGUGGAUCGGCCUACAUAACUAUGAAAAAAAGGGCAGAAGCUCCUAUAUCUAUGCAAAAGCUGAGACAACUAAAUAUAGAUGGAAAUGUAACUAACUAGUGAUCUACGAUUAGCCAAACAGUUAUUUAUUAACUUUUUACUUUGUUUAAUUGAUAUGUAUAGAGCAUAACGUUUGUGCGUAACCUCAAGGACAAACAG